GGCGACCUGCAGCUGCAUGUGAGCAGGUCUUUCCUAAAUGGACUCUUGCCAAGACUUUCAAGAUUGACUGGCCUAAACCUGGAAAACUAGCUGUGAGUAGCAUCAUCAUCCCUACCAUCUGACGUCAGAUGCACCAAACGAAACAGUUCCAGCCAUCACGUCAUCGAGACUCAUCAAUACUGAACCGAGCUGAUCCGAGCCGAGCCCACACCCAACAGCAUCAGGAUGAACAGUGCAGCUAUGUAUCCCCCUCUCAACGCCCCCCAAGCCAACAUGUUCAGCAACGUGCCUGGCUAUGAGGGCACAGUGGCAGGAGGAGGUGGUUAUGUGCCCCCUCCCAUGCCCUUGCAGCCUGUGGCCCCUCCACAACCCGGCCCUGUACCCGACAACUGGUGCAUCCCAUCUCUGGAUGAGAAUGUGGCUCGUGAGGCGUUCAAGAACUUUGCAUCGUCUAAUUGCUGCUACAGUGAUGGUCCGGCCAAAGAUGGAGUGAUCACCAGCAUGGAGCCGUUGAACACCUUCAGGUACCGGCUGGAGACAUUCACUGAGUCCAGGUCGACUGAGUGGGCCCACAAACCUCACGAAGGUGAGCCGGCUGACUUCUACACCCAGACCGCCCCCCAGCCCUGGGAGGUCCCGGCCGUGGCCCCCAGCCUCUUCACCGAUCACAAGCAGGAGAUUCGGGUGCCCUACACCUCAUCCAUCAAGGACUGCCAUGACUGCCACUGCUCAGGGACCAUGCCCUGUGAGGAGUGCCAAGGAAAAGGACAUAAAGUGUGCUGGGCGUGUAAUGGCAAUGGUGAGACCUGCGCUACCUGUAACAAUACUGGCCAAAAGAGUUGUGGAGAGUGUGAUGGUCGUGGCACAAAGAACUGCACAACCUGUAAUGGAAAACGACAACUGCUGACAUUCAUCGAGCUCAAGGUGGAGUGGACUAAUCAUGUAGAGGACCAUUUGGUCGAGCAGAGCGGUGGUCUGAAGGUCGAUGAUCUUCGUUCAGUUAGCGGGAAGGAGCUGUUCAAGAACAACCAGUACCUGCUCUACCCACUGCUCGGGUUCCCAAACCCGGCCAUCGCUGAGGCCUCCGAUCGCCUGAUCAAAGAUCAUCAGAGCAAGUACAGCCAGAACUCCAGGAUCCUGCAGCAGAGGCAGACGGUCGAGUUGAUCCCCAUCACCAAGGUGAACUAUAAGUGGGAAGACGACUCUCACAUCUACUUUGUCUACGGCAACGAAAACCAAGUCAGCGCCGACAACUACCCAGCGACCUGCUGCUGUGUCAUCCUGUAGACACACACACACACACACACACACACAGACACACACACAGACACACACACAGACCUGAACUCAUCUGUUUAUUCUCAAUAUUGUUUCUCUAUUUCAUAUCAGCCUCUCCUUUCAGGACACGACACGAUGUUUCCAGAUGUAAUCAUCAGGGUCGCUGUCAACUCAGGUCAAACAUGGGUUCAAACUUUCACAGAUAAAGAUACACACAGUACACACACUGACACACACAUUUUUUUAUUAUUACAUCCUUUAAAGAUUGAAUCAAGAAAAUUAUAAUAAUAAAACCACAGCAUCCUUUUCUGACGAUGCUCCACACUUUGAUUGAAGAUAUUUAUCUUGAAUAGUCGUUCAAAUUGACCUUUAAUAUAAAAAUAUUCCUGUUAUUCCAACAAUGUAUUAUGAAGACACCACUGCUAACAUCAGUCCUCACUAACAUAAUGAUCCCUGGGGCUGGAUUUCUCUUUUUGUUUCCUGAACUUUUUGUUUCAGUUCUAACAAUCAGUCUCUUACUCCGGUUUAGACAUUAGUACUAGUAUUUUUUACUGACUUAAAGGUCUGAAUUUCUGGUAUCCAAAAUCAAGAUUUUAUUGAUAACUAAAAGGAGAAAUAAGUAAAUCUUCCUCCUCAAAGGGCAGUAUUGUCUCUGUGUGGACACCUGUACUCACCAUUAUUUCUGUGACAUAGGGACAGCAGGUAUUUUUCUGUUUACAGUUUACUUCACACAUGUGCCAGUUAAUGUCCUCAGGACUGAAAGGAAACCAAAAUAAAUGUGAGUUCUAAGGAAAAUAAUAAAAUGUCAGGUGAAGGUUUUAAUUUGACAGAGGUGAAUAUAUUAUGUGGUGUGUAAUUGUAUUUGGAGGAGGUGAACUGAAUUACGACAAAAUCUGGUUCACCUGGUUCCACCUUUUGUUUUCCUUCCAUGCGUUAAUGUUUCUUGAAUGAAGGAACCACUUGUUCCAUCACAAGCAGAUCAGACAUUUCCAACUCCAGGAAUAAAGAUCAAUAUUUUUUGGUUUUUCUAGAGGACUGGUCAUUCCAGAAAGGAAAAUUUAAUUCCUUGAACUUGUCUGUGUGGCCAACAUUGGGGCGAGAGGCGGGGCUCACCCUGAAUUUAUUUUGUUUAUUUAUUCAGAUUGUUAGAAGACUUUAAGAAUACUUUCAGAACAAUUGCUUUUGGUUGACAUCUAAAAACGGGUGUGUCCGAGUUCACAAAAUUUGAAUUUGUCCUGAGAAGUGUCACAAUUUAAUUUGCCUCUGUGGGUGAAUUAACUUCACUCAUUGAUUUCAUUCAAAUUAAUUCAUUUCCCCUCAAAACUUCGCCAUUUUGAAAGAUUAUUUUUUCAUGUGAACAUUUUACAGUCUAGUCACUACCUUGUCUUUCCUCUGGACAGACUGAAUUACAUCAUUACCACUUUAUACUUUACUUCAAGUGUAGAAUUAUAUAUAUAUAUAUAUAUAUAUAUAUAUAAUUCCAUUUUAUGGUCAUCAUAUUCAGUUGUGUAAUGAUGACAAACAAAAUACACCAAAGUGUUGAAACUGUAUUCACAAAUGUUUUUCUAAAUCAAAGGCUCACCAACAAUAACCUUCCAUUUUAGCUGUAGUUACUGCAAAGCUCCGUUAACGCCUCCUGCUUGCUUUUCUCAUUUUACUUCUCAGCCAAGCAGUUGGCAGUCUGGGUAAAAGGAAGGAGGAAGGAAGAGGGAAUAAUGAUAGGUGUGGUCUGAAUAAUCUGGGAGAGUGAAUGAAUCUGGUUUUUCACAAAUGUUGGAGAAACUUCUAAUUCUGGAAUGUUAAAGCAGGUUAUCUCAGUGUAACACAUGUCAGCAGCCGACUCUUUAAUAUCUUGAAUGUUGUAGCUUUUGUAAACACUCUUAAUCUUUAUGGUACUUUGGCUUUUAUUAUCUCUAACUGCAGUUUACUUGCCUUCGCUCAGUACUGUUGCUAACAAAACUCUCAACUUCUACCUCUAUACUGUUAUUACUCAUUUUAUGUUACUCUUGAAAAUAAACUGUUGAACUUCA